AUGUCGGGCGACAGCACCACGCAUUCUAUCAUUUCUCCUGCUAUCCUCUAUUGGGGCACACCUGUAGUGCUUAUCUCGUCAGAGAACGAGGAUGGCACUACCAACAUUGCACCUAUGUCGUCGGCCUGGUGGCUCACAAAUUCUUGUAUGCUCGGCUUAGGAUCCGAGUCCAAGACAACCGAGAACCUUUUGCGCACAGGCCAGUGUGUGCUCAAUCUGCCCAACGACGCGAUGGUCGGCUUCGUCAACAAGCUUGCAGACACAACAGGCUUGAAGACCUUCUCGGAAGCACGGCGUAAGCGAAAUUAUACAUACGUUGCAGAUAAGUGGGCGAGAGCAGGCCUGCACCGGCAAACUUCGGAACUUGUGCGACCUUGUCGCAUACAAGAAUGCCUAGUGCAGAUGGAAUGUGAGGUGGUCCACUCGCAUCCCCUACGCAAGGACGAGCCCGACCGGGCAGGCCUCAUAAUGGCCAUCGAAGUUAGAGUCUUGCGAGUCCAUGUAAGAGAUGAAUUACGUAUGGACGGAUAUCCGAAUCGCGUUGAUCCAGACAAGUGGCGGCCCUUGAUCAUGAUGUUUCAGGAGUUCUAUGGUCUUGGCUCGGAGAAGGUAGCUGAGAGUGUGCUGGGACGGAUCAGCGAAGAAAAGUAUCGAUUCAUGAUGGCAAGCGGCGCCCGCAAGCUGCCUGGUGAUGAUGGUGAUCACAUUACAGGCAAAUAG